UAUAAGGAACACGUCUAUCAUGAUGGAGACCAACUGGUUCUUAUCCACUCGCACGAGUUGCAAUCGCCGGUCUUGUUAGGUAGGUACUUAAGUCAGAUCUCCAAAACAUUUCAUUUUAUCCAUUUAGUAUAAGAGCGCGAAUAUAGCAAAUCAUAACUGAAACAACAGCAACUUUCGCUCUCAGGCUUUUCCUGCUAGUUUUUAUGGAUAUGUCUUUAUUCAAACUUGUUUCUUUAGCUCAGAUAGCCAUGCCUAAUUUACGUUAUCAAAAAAAAACAUUUGAAUUACGCAUUACGUAAAUGGUCUGUUUUUGUCCCCUCUGUUAACAGGUAUUCGAUCUAAUUCCGCCCCGUUUUACUGCAGAAGCUGGGGGGUAUUUUAUGUCCAUUUGAAUGUAAAAAAAAAUUGUAAAAGAUCAUUUAGCCCUUUAGACUAGACUAAUGUUUAACUCUUCCAGAAACGAUAGCAACAGAAGGAUGGAAGCGCGAAGUCGAGAAACAUGACCAGUUCAUUAAAGAUCUGGAAAAGAAAUAUAGACGCAAAUGUAAACCAUUGAAGGUAAGCCUGUAAGAAGUGUUCGCGAGAGUUUAAUGCCACGUUUACUUGGCAUCGAACGAAUUUUCGACCUGCUCAAAAAUUUGACCGGAUAUUUCAUUUACGUGCCAAAACCGUUCAAUAUUUUCUCGCUUUCAAUUCACACGGAACUGACUAACCAGGUUGAAUCUUAACUAUUGUCAGAAGUUUUACCAUCUACCCAUGCACAGAGUGCCUGUGCUAACAGGGAACAGAUUGCUGCUUAGUUACGCAAAUCCAAAAUCGGCGUCUUACAGCUUAAGGUACGGAAACGGGCAACAAAAAACGUUUAACUUGUCUUGCCAUAUUGCUGCUAAACGAGUUGAAUAGCGAUGUUGCGCGUUUUACCAUCAAACCUGUCUUGCAACAAAUCAGCUUAAUUGUUAACAGGUUUGACGUGGGUGGUAAAACGUGCAACAUCGCUAUUCAACUCGUUUUGCAGCAAUGUUGCAAGACAAGUUGCACGUUUUUUUUUCCCGCCCGUUUUUCGGUACCUUUAAUUACUACGCAUCCACGAAGCCACGACUGUGCCCUAAAAGAAAUAGACCAUUAAGGGGUUCACAUCGCGCCGGGAAAAUUUGUCGUACAAAAUUUAAACGGUUAUGGGAGGAUCUCAAUGGGGUUAACCGAUAGGCGUCAAACGGCCAAAAAUUUAUUCGAUAGCCGUAAAAAUUGAAAAAUUUUAACCGUUAGCCGUAAAUAGGGUAAAAAAAAGUUAACCGUAAAAGAAAGUGUUCCCUAGAUUUGCUACUUUUAAGGAAGGUACUAAACUCACUUUUGACACUUAUGGUUGCGUUUUUUUUUUAUUUUCCGGCUACUUUGACUCCGUACGCACGUUAGGCUAGGCGCCUUUUAGGUGUUGACCUAGACCUAGGCUCCACUUCCGCCGCUCUCUCGGGGAACUAUUUUUUUCCAUAGCGAAAGUGUGGCUUCUUGCUGGGAAUUCAUAUUCGCGAUUUUCAGAAGGUCGUGCCCUCGAAACACAACCUCGUCCCCAGGGCGCUUUUUCCUGAUUGCUCGAAACACUAGUGAAACAACACGCAGAGAUGUCACUGUUUGUAAAAUACGUUGCCGAUAAACAACAUUUCCCUGUUUUUCUCUGACACUACGGUAGACAUUGCCAUGCCUAGUCCCGGUAUGACGUCUUCCCACGCCAUCUCGAUCAAGGCAUUUCGGUGGCGAACUCGCUCGGACCACGUGACCCGAAACGUAUUAGAUGUGCGAAAUAAUGAGGCCUAUGACAAGGCAACGGCAAACAGUCGUACCGUAUAGUCCUUCGCUACCAUUAAAAACACUGGACACCAGAAUUUUGUUAUUGACCGUUUUCACACUAGAUCCGUCUAGAUCCGUCUGAGACUAGCCUGUGUACAGUCGCCCCCUUCCCGACAGACACCUCUUCUCCGAUUUUUCCUGAGGGGGCGGCUGUACACAGGCUAUCUGGAACGGAUAAUCCCGUCUUCAAACUGUCCGUCGAAAUUGACGGACAAAUUCAGGCAGAUUUUUCAUUCAAAAUUGAAACUAUUCCAUUUUCAAAUUAAGACGUAUUACCUAUCUGACGCGAAUCAUCAAACGGAUAACCCGUCUCACACGAAUAAUCUGUCUCUAGUGUGAAAACGGCCAUUUCUGUUGUAAUGAAUGUCGCGCCCCGGUCUUCAGUUGGGCGUUCGCGUGUGUGCUUUGCUUUUUCACAAAGAUUAUUUUUAAAUUGACUAUUGACAUUUCUAUGUGUAAAGUAAAAUUAGACGUGGAAUACUUUAUAAGAAAAGUAUUCAAAAGAAUAGCUUAUUUCAUCCCGAGAUGAUCGUAAGACCUUUAUUUUGCUUUAAAGAUACCAAAAAUACAGGUUAAUUAAUAUUUAACUUUUUGAAACAAAAGAAGUUAAUAUUUAACUUUUUUGUUAACCGUAACUGAAAAAAAUUAACCGAUAGCUGUAAAAGAGCCAAAAUUUUAGCCGAUAACCGUAAAAGCCACCACCCCAUUGAGACCCUCUUAUGGUGUUUACACCGCGCUGAUACAAUUUUCGACCGUACCGGUUAAAAAUUUGACCUCAAUUUUGACUUUCAAGUUAGUUUUAAACUGCUAGGAGUCAAAUUUAGUCAUACGGUGACGGUGGUUCAGUGUCAAAGGAAGAAAUCAAUUACGAAUUUUCGGCAACCAGUCAAUAUUUAUCCGGUGAUGUGUGAACUUAGCCCAAGUAGAAAUACAUUGAUAAAGUGGAAAGAGUCUGCUCUAUUUGCGUACAAGAACUAGACUGCAGCAGUCUCUUAUUUUUCUUUGCAAAGUUACUGCACGCAAAACCCAAGCACGCAUUUGACGCGCGGAAAAGCAGCGAGCCGCGAUAAAAGAGGGCGAACGCCAACGUCGUGGUUUGCAAUCGUGCUGGCUGCGAUAAACUUCAACUUCAACUUUUAUUUAACAAAAAAUUUAAAAAAAAUAGUAAUUACAAUAGGCUGGCCCGCAAAAUAGCAAUUGCUAAUCUAGGCGGCCCAGUUAAAAGAAGAAUAAAGUGAAAGGAAAUGAAAAGAAGGAAAAUAUUUUGCGUUACAAUAAUUCUUAUUUCUAUCAUAGUUUUACUUUAAUUACAUUACAUCUAAGGAAAAACGAAAAAGGAACUGACGGAGAGCGGAAAGCAUGUAAUUUUGUCACAGAAAUCACUUAACUGUUAAUCCAAACUUUUCAAUCAUCAAUGGAGUCAUCUUCUUAGAUAUCGGAAAGCAAUCCGUGAGGAACUUUCGAAGAAUUAGACGGACUAGAAAAGGCGGACUGCAAGCAGUCUAAAAAGAACAAGUACAUUUAAUGUAGUUAAAUCAAAACUUAAUUUUUUUUCUGGCCAGUCAUAAGAGACCGGACUAUUCGAAGGGUCCAAUAAGAAUUCGAAACACAGAUGUAACGCAACAAGGCAGACAACAGGAAAGCACAUACAUGCGUAAUUUUGGGUCCACAACGCAAAUCGCAAGUACAUGCAUGCAAGCAGUUGUAAAAUUCACCGCGUUACUCGAAACUCGUGCAUAACAAAAAGAAAACUUAACGCAGAACAUUCUAUGGUUUUAGACAGACGCCUUGAGAAGACUGUACGCUAGUUCACAACCAUGCUUAUUGUUCUCUCCAAAGAUAGAGGCAAAGAUUAUUGUUCAGCCUGGCCCCCCUGGACAAGUUAUAUGUAGGGUUGCUAUGGAGCAAGAUGCAACCCUUAUUGUGAUGGGUUGCCGUGGAGAGGGAACCGUCCGUCGUACUAUAUUGGGAAGUGUCAGCGACUAUGUUAUUCACCAUACUCAUAUUCCGGUGUUAGUGGUACCAAGAGAACAGGAUAAACUCCCCUGAAGACUUGAAUAUUAGAAGAGUAGGAGCUGGCAGGAGGAAAAUGGAACGAAAUUGAGGGAGUGUUUAUGGAAUUUUUUACUUAAUCAUAACGCGCGCGCAAUUGUAAAAUAACUAUGGAAAGAGCUGAAUGGCCUGACAUUUAAAAGGGGCCUUAGUAUGAAGAGCUAUGUCGCUAAGUCUAAAUGUUGAAUUGUGAAUGCUUUACUUUUAAUCUGAAUGCAACUAGCUUCUCCUACCUAGUUUACGGGCACUCGAUCCACUGAGAUCCACUUAAAUGACUCCAAAUUAAAUAUCUAAAACACAAAGCGAUUAAAAUCCUCAACAGGAAGCAACCAGCAUGAACCAGUGGGGUAUUUACGAGCGUGGUGGAGGAUUUAAUCUCGGGGCAACCGGGACAUACAUCCAGAAGAUCACGUCAGAUGGGGACUUGAGCGCGGCACUUCCAAAAUUGCGAGUCCGAUGCGCCGAUCUGACCAGUUACGCAAGCUGCAGCUUUUAUGCGCGUGAUCUGUUGGUGGCUACUGAAUUUAACAGCAGAUCGCCCAAUGGAAGGGAAUCCGGAUUCCUGAAUCCGGGAAAUUUUUUAUUGUAGAAUCCGGAAUCUUGGGCUUUGGAAUAGGGAAUACAGCUCAAGGAAUACGGAAUGCCACUAACGAAUCCAGAAUCCAAGGUCCACUGACAAAGAGCCGGAAUCCAGUACCUGGAAUCCGCAAUCCAGAAUCCAAGACUGUCUUGGAUUCCUUUACAUGUGGAGAAGCAGAGUUACAGCCUGCAAUAUUGUCGUUUUGACUACCAUUUUGACUUUUGAUACGUGCUGCUUUCAUAAUAAAUUUGUAUGCCUUAUUAUAUCUCUAUAGUAUUGAAUAAAUUGUCUUUGAGAAGCUGUUGAGUGUGUGAUCGUGAAAUCAUUUGGUGCAGUGCAGCAGUUUCUUAGUUUCGGUAGUUUUGCCAUUAUUCAGCCGUUUCGUGACUUGUUAUAUCAUCAUUCUGUUCCAAUAUUGACCGUCUUUCCUUCGAAAAAUAAAACAGUUUCAAGGAAUUCAAGAUUUGGCGACAAAACGGUGACUGUUAGGCGCACAAACUAAAUUAAAUGCUUAUAAACAAUGAGCUGAGGAGCACAUUCAACACCUUUUAAUUUUGCAUUUAUAUAAGAAAAAGAAAUAACAAAGCAUGACUGGCGGAAAAGCGUGACUAGGGUAAUUAUAAGAAUGAACCUUAGUGCCCUUCAGCGCCCCAGACAGCUACAGGAAUUUCGGCCGUCUUCGUGCUGAAAACCAUGUCUCACAGAACUAUAGCAAUUGCUGUGGAUCCCAGUGAAUAUAGCGAAAAAGCAUUUGACUGUAAGUAUGAAAACAUAAUCCUUACGACUCUGAUGAUGAGAAACAGUAUUUUUGUCUUUUUUACUAUGUAUUGACCCUGUAUUGGUUGAUUUCAACUAUUUCAGAGCUGCGAUUACCGGCUGACCUCAAUUUAUUUUCGUUCAGUUUAGUUUAGCCUGUUACUUUAGUCAGUAGUGUCUUAAAAUUUUUGCCAUUUGUUUAGGAAGAAAUAAUUGGUAAUGCAUCAGUGCAUUUUUUAAUUGGUUCGCAAUAAACAAUUAUUCAGGAGAUUCAGCGAUGUGCAGCUAAUUUGAGCCCACGGGUCAUUGAAAACGCAAACUCGAUUUCAGGAGUUUUAAACGCACGAAUCAUCCAACAGAUCCAAGAAAGAGAAAUCACAGGAGAUAUAUUUUGUAUCAGUAGAAACAUGGACAUCACAAACACACCACUGUGUCAUUAAAACUUCAUGGAUGUGGAGUUUUUUAGGGAGGAGUGAGUAUAAGGAAAGUGAUGAGAACUUAAGUCUCGUACGUGAGCGAGCGGAACUGCGAUGCUAAUCGCCAUGCACUAGGAUGAGUGUUUUUCGUUCGAAGUUCAUCAAUUGUCUCCUAUAUGAUUGUACCUGUGGUUAGUUGUACCAGGCCAGGAAAAAACAACAAUAAAACAUUAAUUAAAACAACAACAACAACAGCUAUUUCGCGUGCAUUUAAUAUGCAUUUUUAAAAAUAUAGUUUAACAGUCGCAGUACAAUUUUGUCUAUGCAGGGUUUAUGUCAAACAUUUACCAUGAAGGAGAUAAAUUGGUCAUCAUACAUUCGCAUGAGCUGCACCCACCCGUUAUGCCUCGUAAGUACAAGUCUUUACGUUAACUCUACAGAAGUGAUAAGUAAUUUGGGUUGGAGAUUGGAUCAAACUAUAGUGGUCAGACGCACCUUGGCAACUAUUUCGAUUCUCAUUUGGAAGGGACCUGUCCCGGCUAAUUAACAAAAUUUCCUCCGCGAGCUCCAAUCCCUGGUUCUUUUUUUUACCAUUCUGUGACAGCAAGGGUACCCUUUCCUUCAUGAAAAGUGGUAACCCUCGUUUCACAUACUUACAGUGUACCUAAGAACACCGCUGUCACUAAGAUUUCAAGUUGCCAGGUAAAUACAACAAUGAAAUAAGCAGGGGAAUCAAACAGCUAGAGACUUCUUUUGGUGUUAUUUUUCUUCUGUUUUCCUAUGAAAGUAGCUGGGGACCAUGUUCAUAGUUGCCGGGGGAAAUCCCGGGCCCACGGCUCUUAAUUAUGACAGCCCCGCCCUGGAAUAAAAUUAAUGAAAGAUAUUUGAAGGAGAACAUAGUAAAUUAUUAAACUAAGGUGCGUCUGUUUAAAAUAUUUUAACUUAAGGCCCUUUUAAAUGCCUAAAUGAAGGAUUUCCUUACCCUUUUAUAAUACUUCAACCUGGUGAAAUCUCUGUCUUCUACAGCAGUCUCCCACGAAGCCGUUUUUUUUUUCAUUAUGCGUUGAGUGACGAGACAGAAACUAAGAGGAAGACUAAGCUUUCUAGUUCUUUUCUUCACUCAACUUCUCGUGACUUCACGCUCCGCCCAUGCAAACCAACAGCUAUAAAACUAACCCCUUUUUUCGGAAUUAUGCUAUGGGGACACCAAACGAAGCCAUCAAGUAGUGUGUAAAUUUAAUUUCUUUUUCUUCGGAGCUGCUAAAUAUUGUCGGGGGGAGAGUUGGGGAUCUAAGCUCUGGAGGAUAUAAGAAUGUUGACAUAUGCGUCUCUGUUUAGACAUGAUUCUCACAGACGAGUGGACACGUGAAGUUGCCAAACAUGAAAAAACUAUUAAUGAACUCGAGAGGAGAUAUGAGGAAAAGUGCAAAGCCUUAAAGGUUUGUUUUGAACAUUUAUUAUACGGCUACAAUAGUACGCGCGCUCUGAUUGGCUGCUAAGCGGGUUGCUAAGGGGGUAUUAUUUAAUUUCUUGCAUGUAUGACCGGGCAUUACUAGCCAGAUGUCCAUGGCAUAUACAAUCUGUGUUUAACUCGAUAGUGCACAUCCUAUAAAUAUCCAUGUUAUAGUCAACUGACAGCUGUCAAAAAAGUAUCCGCUGACCAGUUUCACAUGACUAUAUCGCUGUAUCGCUGGCUCAAGUGUACAACUCAUGGAGGUGACGUGUUCUUAAAGUUAUUCGCUGACCAGUCAUUAGUUUUAAUUUUUUCAGGAUCAGGUCCAUGAUGAAAAUAACUUAUUAACCUCGUCUGUUCGGUCAUUACAGGGAGAUCUCAGACCGAGGCCUUGAUGUAUUGACCUCGCUAUCGCUCGUUCAAUACACUCCGCAUCAAAGCUUCGGUCUGAGAUUUCCCUGAAAUGACCGAACGGACGAAGUUAAUAAGUGGUAUGUAAUGAAACAAAAAUAAUCAAAUGUAUUAUUGAUAAUAAAUACAUGGCUCUUGCAUCACCAUACCUAAAACAGCAACUAAGUAUAUAUUUAGUAAAAAUAUACACAAUAAUAAAAUUUCUCUAAAAUCUGUUUCAUCAAAAAUUAAACAAUAUUAGAAUCCACCUUCACCGAAAGAAAAAAGAAAGAAAAGAAAAAUGAUUAAUUAAUUCUGGCAAAGUCUGGCAGGAGCCAAACCCCACAGCAUGCGCAACUCAGACUAUGCAACAGUGUUUUCACGGAUCAAGUUAUUUUAGCAUCAUUUUAAGCCCUUUUUCCCGCUAAAAUGGAAGCACCGUUCCGUAUGCGUACAUAUCCAUAAUAUGAAAAUUACAAAAAAUUACAAAAAGAAGAGGUCAAUGCUGUCAAAACAUCAAAAGUACUUUUUUCUAGUCUCCAGUUUUUAAUUACUGAUUUAAAAGACUCAUUUGAUAUUCAAAAUUCGCGGGAAAAUUGAUAAAAAUAGGCUGGUCUGUGAAAAAGCCGACUUAGCUCCCUCGGGGAUAUGGCCUCCUUUAAGGUUGAUUGGUCUUUCUUGUUUCCUAGCUAUCAGCAAAGAUUAUCGUGACCGAUGGACCACCAGGAGAGAUCAUCUGUAAACAAGCAAAAGAACAGGGAGCUUCAUUUAUUGUUGUUGGGAGCCGAGGGACGGGAACUAUUCGUCGCACCAUAUUAGGAAGUGUUAGUGACUACGUCUUGCAUCACGCUCACAUGCCGGUGGUGGUGGUACCGAAGUCCGUUGUCUGA